AUGCCUUCUUUCAAAAGCAUUCGCAGGCAGGUCCUGUGGAAUUUGAACUCGAGAUACAUUUACGGGCGCUAUCCUCUCCUACACACCUUAGUAUUCAUCACCGAAUUAAUCAUGGUCUCCUUUUUGGUGUCCAAGUUCAACAGCUACUAUGCUGCGAGACCAGUGCUUACGACCAUGGUCACCAACGCCGUGCUUGGUGGUGUAGCCGACACUGUCGCCCAAACUCUCACAGCAGUCAGAGAACGUGCCGUUCGCAAACCUGGUGGCCCCGACCCCAAGAACGAUCGAUUGGCCAUUGAGAUUCAUGAGAUAGACCGCAGAAUCUCUGAGGAAGAGCUCAUCCCUGAUUCCAAGGUGCUGCCUCCACCGUUCGACUUUGAGAGAUUGACAAGAUUCAUGGCAUAUGGUUUUAUUAUGGCUCCCGUCCAACACAAGUGGUUCGGCUUCCUCAAUCGCAUUUUCCCUCUUGCCAAGGGAGCUGGCACCAGCGCAGCAGCAAAGAGAACCGCCUUUGACCAGCUUCUGUUUGCACCGGUUGGUCUCGGAGCCUUCUUCACUUUCAUGACUGUGGCAGAAGGAGGCGGCCGUAAGGAGAUUCAGAAGAAGUUCCAGGAUAUCUAUAUUCCUUCUCUCAAGGCCAACUACUUGGUCUGGCCUGCUGUACAGCUGAUCAACUUCAGACUUAUGCCGCGUCAGUUCCAGAUUCCAUUUGUGUCGACCGUUGGUAUUGCAUGGACGGCCUACCUUUCUCUGACCAACUCGGCAGAGGAGGCUUAG